GUACCACAAACCACAACAUACCAAGCAGAGGUUGAACAGAACGUUUUUUGAAUUCUUCUCAGUUUAUUACUUUUUAUUACGUUUUGCAACAGAUAAAUUUGAAUCAUUUCGUAGAGUGAAAGUGCAGUGUAAAUGUUGGAUCGAAAUGGCUGAGCGGGCAUUUGAAUUAGUCAGAGAACUGACCAGAACUACCGAGACCAUUCCGCCCUUCAACAGCGAGGGUGUUCGAGCUGCACUUGAGGAUAUGAAUCAAACGUAUGUGGAUAAUAACAUUCACGCGCUGGAGUACAAUGAAACCGCUGAUCAUAAGUAUCUCCCAGUGAUCAUGUACCGCCAUAAACUGAUUCAAAGACAAAAACGCUGUCUCAUGGUCUACCUGCAUAAUCGGCUCCAGAAGCUCAAAAAGGUACGAUGGCACCUGGGGGCCACGCUACCAGCCGAUAUCAAAGCCAAUCUGAACGAACCAGAACUGCAGUGGUUCAACAACUAUUCGCGCAUGCUGGCCAAAUACAUGGCAACGAUUGGCGACGGUACGGGCCUGAAUCUUACGAACGACAUCAAACCGCCGAAGUCGCUGUUCAUCGAAGUACGCUGCCUCACUGACUACGGUAAGUUUGAGCUUGAAAGUGGCGAAAUCGUGCUGCUAAAGAAGAACAGUCAGCAUUAUUUGCCGAAGCUCCAAUGCGAGGCUCUUAUUCGGCAAGGCAUUCUGCAGCACAUCGUUUAAAUCACAUUGUUUAAGUUCAAGAGAAUAAAUUAAAAACAAUAUCGUCCAGAAAUCACGCACCAUAUGGCAAAAAUCCCGAAAAAUUGAAACGCAAUAAA